AUGGAGGACAACGCUUCUAAGAUUUCGGAGCUAUGCGUCAAUUUUGAAAAAACUAUAGAACCAGCGCUUCCUGCAGCAUCAACACAUCAACUAACCUCAACUACAGCUACAAACGAACUCCAAGAUUCUAUUUCACCAAAUUCCACUCCCGUGGAAGUUCCUCAGACAAAUUCGCUCGAAAGUGUUGCGAGUGCCUCUAUUCCACUUGCAACUCAAGAGAAUAUACAAGCACGACCUAUCCAAACGAACCAAUCACGUUGUUUCAAAUGUAAAGCUAAAAUUCCCUUGGCUAAGCAAACUAUUAAUAAAUGCCAAUAUGUUUACUGUGACAAUCAUAAAAUUCCAGACAAACAUGAUUGCGAUUUCGAUUUUGCAAAGAUGGGUAAAGAUAUCUUGGCAAAGAAUAAUCCCAAAUUGAAUGAAGUGCAUAAAGGAGGCCGUUCGUUUAAUAGAAUUGAUUAA